CACCAGGGCAGACCGGAAAUGAGCAGGCGGCAGGGGUGUCGGGCUGUGCCAUGGCCCAGGAAGCGGUUGGACGGCCGCCUGAGGAAACCCUGUCGCUCUGGAAACGGGAGCAAGCCCUGCUGAAGGCCCGUGUGGUGGACCAGGACACGGAGGCGUGGCAGCGGGACCCCGCCUUCGCGGGGCUGCAGAGGGUCGGCGGCGUGGACGUGUCCUUCGUGAAGGGCGACAGUGUCAGCGCCUGCGCCUCUCUCGUGGUGCUCAGCUACCCUGAGCUGGAGGUGCUGUAUGAGGACAGCCGCCUGGUCCACCUGACGGCCCCCUACCUGUCGGGCUUCCUGGCCUUCCGAGAGGUGCCCUUCCUGGUGGGCGCGGUGCAGCGGCUGCAGGAGAAGGAGCCCAGCCUCAUGCCCCAGGUCCUCCUUGUGGAUGGAAAUGGGGUGCUCCACCCCCGAGCCCGAGGCAGCCUCCGUCCGCUCGGCAGACUCAGGAAGGGUCUGGUGUGUCCCGAGGCCCCUGCACCCCUUGGCAUAGCCCUUCCCCCCGCCAGGCUUCGGGGUGGCCUGCCACCUGGGCGUCCUCACGGACCUGCCCUGCGUCGGGGUGGCCAAGAAGCUGCUGCAGGUGGACGGGCUGGAGAAGGACGCCCUGCACAGGGACCAGAUCCGCCUCCUGCGCGCCGGCGGGGACUCCUUUCCUCUGAAGGGCAGCUCCGGGGCCGUCCUGGGCAGGGCCCUGAGGAGCCACGACCGCAGCACCAAGCCCCUCUACGUCUCCGUGGGCCACAAGAUGAGCCUGGAGGCGGCCGUGCGCCUGACCCACAGCUGCUGCCGGUUCCGGGUCCCAGAGCCCGUGCGCCAGGCCGACAUCCGCUCCCGAGACUACAUUCGCAAGACCCUUGGCAGCCCCAGGCCCCCCGCCCCCGGGCAGGAGAGGAAGGCUCAGAGGCCAAAGGUGUGGCCCAAGGGAGGCCCCGAAGAGCCCCCGGGUGAGGGCAAGACCCCCGAGGCCCACAGCCCAGGCCUCAGGACACACCCGGAAGCCCCAGACCUGGGCGCCCAGGAGCAGUAGGACCAGGGCUGGGCGCGGAGCCAGCCGGACGCCCUGGAGAGAGCCGCCCGCCUGGCGCUCUGGCCUCAGAGCAGUCACUGGCCCGGGCGCCUCCGCAGGGGCAGGACCGGCCCCAGCAGCUGGCGGUGCGCUUGGACUCAGACACAGGCCGCGAGCGCCCUGCUCCCAUGGCUGCGCUGUCCCCGUCCAUGAUCACGAGGCCUGGAACAGCCUGGGUGAUGCCCACAGAGACCUCUCAGCACAGAGCCCAGACCCGGGCCCAGUGGCUUUCCCAGGGGUCACGGGAGGGGUUUUUUUUCUCUAAAAGUGCCUACGUGGUCCUGGCCAGUGUGGCUCAGUGGUUGAGCAUCGACCUAUGAACCAGGAGGUUAUGGUUCGAUUCCCGGUCAGGGUCACAUGCCCGGUUGUGGGCUCG